AACUGUAAAUACUAAAUAUUAAACAUUAUUAUUGAUCUCAUAUUAAGAUCUGCUGAGGUCUAGACAAUGUUUUUUUUUUCUUGUCAAUAAACCCAUAGAAUAGAAAAAGGGUGCACUUUCUUUUUCACAACUCGAUAUACAAAUGAAUCAGUAGUUAUAUUCAGACCUACUGAGGCUGGAUUUCACCCAUUUAAAAAAAAAGAAUUCCCACGAUUUACCUUUUAUAAAUUUCACUCAUCUCUCCUUCAAGGUCAUCUUCUGAUUGCCCUUUGGACUGCUUUCCACACAGAUGCUAUUUUUAGAUCACUCUGCUCUGUCCCCUUGCACUUGUGUCAUUGGUAUGCACAGUGGAUCUUCCCGAGUAUGUGAAAACAGCAACAUUUCAACUUGAAUUUGAACCCUGAAUUGUGUUAGUGUGGCUUAAGUAACCUAUGUUUUCAGUGCACAGAAAGACGAUUGUCUCCCUCAGAUGCUGCAGUCUGACCCUCUAGAACGAAUUAAUACUGUACAACCCUGUGAAUACUUCAUAAAAACCAUAACCAUGGUCCUGGUUUUGCUUCUAACCUUAGAUGCAAAUUUGAGGUUCACUGUAAAAUUGCAAACCGUGCAGUGCAGGUAGUCGUGAUGGGAUCUAAAUAUAGCAGCAGUCCUGGAGAAAGUCCAGAGGUGCACGAUAAGAUCACCUUCGGAGUAGGAUCGGAUAAAUACUGAUCUGGUUUGGUUUUUAAUGUCUGUAGGCAGAAUCCCAGAACUUCCUAAUCGUUACUCGGGUAAAUAUGAAAGGCAGUUAUUUGUAGAUUAGUAAAAUAGACCUUUGUUUGUGUGAGCUGUUCUCUCAUGGGUAAAACAUGUCCCAGUGAAGUGGGGAGCCAGCAGCUGCUUCUGUGAAAGCGGUUCAGGGUCAUUUUCACAUGAGAGGAUGAAGAGUGAUGUCACUAAAUUGACUGUCAGUUUGGUUUAGUGGUUGACAGUCCUGAAAUUGGUGCAAGUCAUACGACUGAGCUGCGUCUGUGCUCGUUCCCAAACUAAUGCACAUUCACUAAGUGUAAUUUCAGACUCAUUUAACGUAAUUCUCUGCCAGUGGGAAAUAUUCUGCCGUUUAUACCAUCUUUUUUUUUUCUUCUGUAUAUGUAUGAGUAUAUUAGCAUUGGUGUCUGUGCAGAUUUAGACUUUCAGAUGUGACCUUUGUUGUCUAAAUGUCAGGGAGAUUGGAGAGGGAGCCCACAGAGGUAGGGCAGGCUUAUGUAAUCUCCUCACUCUGUGUUGCACACACACAAGCAGAGAGAAGGGGGGAAAAAGCUUGUUUGAGGACGGUUGUCAUAUCUCAGCUGUGAUGCCUUGUAUGGCUCUCUGUUCUCUGAAAGCCAAGCUUUCAGGAGCCAUUGCUUUUAUCAGCAUGUAUGUGCAGAAAGUGCCCUGGAAAUUAUUUAUGGCUUUAAAAAUACUGAUAUAUUGCACUCCUUUGGUGUUAUUCUCUUAAACUUAUUCUGAGGUCUUUUGAUUCAUUCCAAAGCUCACAGCUCAAUGUGAAGUUAGAGUGUAGUUUGGAAAGGGAGUGUGUAUCCGUGUGUAGGAUGGUUGACUAGGGAGAUGGAACUGAAGUGAUUCUCCUAUGUUAAUUUAUUCACAAUCACGUUGUGCUCCACUCAUAAUCUGCCAACAAUCCCGCAGGCUGGGAUGUGCUCAUGUUCAUCUAAGGUAUCACUGUGAACAUGAAAGCCAAAAUUAUGUGCAUGCCAAUGGCAAACACGUGCAUCAGAUCGGAGCUCGGGCCAUUUUGUCCUGUCACUUUCGAUAAACUUAAAACAACUCAACACUGAAAAACAUUGCACUGCACACCAGACACUAGUCUCCUUUAGGUCUGAAAGGCUGCUCUGUAGUUGUAGUAGUUGUUCCUCUCUCUUUUUCAGAGGACUUCACCUGUUUCCUGCACAAACUUCUAGCAGUUAGAGUUGAUUUUGAUCCGCAGAAACUUAACAGAACAACCCCACAAGCACAGCCUCCUUUUCAACCAUUCAAUCAAUAUGCUCAAAAUGCUCCAGUCACACUAAAAGAUAUCAAACCACAGCUGCACUUGUUUAUGUUGGCCAUGGGUGUAAAACGCUAACUAAGCUAGCAGUAACAGCAGUCUGUGUUUCACAUAUUUCUGUUGCAAAUGUGACAGUUUAGAAUAUAUUGCUACUGACUUUUAAAUACUUUAUUUCUACAGUGGGCUGCUGUUGAAAUCCUCCUCAUUUCCCAGUGACCGUAGAGUCAGAAAGUUGUUCUUGAGUUUUAUUACUUAUGCUUCACCGAAUCACAACAGUAAUCAUCUCAAGGUACUUUACAGUGUAAGCUACAAAAAUGACAGAAACGAGAAAUGAGCAGGCAUUUGGCAACAGUGGAGAGAAAUAACUCCAGCAGAACCAGGAUCAGGGAGGGAGGCCAUCUGCCACGAGCGGUUGGGGGGGGCAAAAAGAAAAGCACAGAGAUCACAAGUAACAAACAGGACAACACGCAAACAAGAGGAGAGAGAAGACACAGAGAAACGACAUGCAGUUGUGGCAUCUAAGCACAUUUGGUGUCGAGGGGAGGGGAUCGAAGGAGAAGUGAUUUACAGGGAGCCGCUGAGCCAGUGUGGGCGGGAGAUUUGUGAUCUCCCUUUCUAGUGCCUGCACCUUCAGUUAUUACUACUACAGAAACAUAAUUUAAGACUAUGAUGAUGUCACAUGGCCCAUUAAGGCCUUUAAAAUACACUUUGGGGUAUAACUACAGUUGUUGUUUUUUAAAAUAUCCUUUAUUUUUGGGAAACAGUUACUAUGAUCUGGUUCUUUUACAAGUGAUGUAUAUUGUUUAGUUUUUCGCAACUCUAGCUGGGGAUCUGAGGUCUACCAGCACUGUCAGGUUUGACAUAUCAUGUCCAUAAAUCCAUGUUUGCAUAGAUCAUUGUCAAACAAAGCACAUCAAAUACCCAAUCAUUUGAUGUCUAAGAUAUUAAAAUGUAAAAACGUCCAAUGGGUGAUUUCUUUUAAUUAGGCACCGCUUGGAACUGACAUUUCCUCCGUGAGAUCAGUUUCAGCCUUUUUAUUGCAGCAGGCAACUGAAAUAAUUUUUCAAAAGUGGAUACCAGUGCUGAAAUUUACACGUUUGUCCCUCUGGAGCCAUUAGUUUUAUAAAUCCCAUUAGCUGCUUGAAGUUUCAAAGUUUUCCAACUGACCCAUCACUUCUAUCUAAGGAAACUGAUUUAUUACACAAUUUCAACCACUGGAUACAUUUCACAGGUAUUUCUCUUGAUUUAAAAUUUCUAUGAAGUCAAAUGUAUAACUUAGAAACCUAAGCACCUAAGAGCUUCUUCUUUUCAAGUAAAAUAAAAUGAUGGCAAUGACACAUACAGCAUGUUCAUUAACGUUCAUGUAGUACCAGUUUUCCCCUUUUUUCCCCUCAAAGCACUUUUUACACUGCAGGCUGCAUCCACAGAUACAUUUUCAAUGCUAACACACAUCAGGGGAUUCUUGGGGUUCGGUUUCUUGCCCACGGUCACUUCAGCAUAUAGAUCCAGGAGCUGGGGAUUGACUCACCAAUCUUCUGAAAACUAUGCAACCCACUCUAAAUCCUGGGCCCCCAUGAACAGGAUAUCUGUUCAUGGGGGCAGAUAUCCUGUGAGAAAUUUGCCACCGGUGAGGAGUGCAAGGGUCCACCCAAGAGACGUGACAAACCCCAUAGAAAUAGUGAGAUUACUGAAGACUUGUACAUGGUUAAACGUGUAUGAUUUAACAAUAAAGUCAUUCAGAAAAAAUCUAGUUUAGUGGAAAAAAAUUUACUUUGUUGCAACUUAAUUGAUUAAUACUACAUUUAUGGAGGCAUCUUCCAUUUUAAAAAAGCAGCAACAGCAACAGGUAACAUUAAAACUGUACAGAAAUUGAAAAAAAUAAAUAAUUGCAAGGAAAUGGUGGUCUUAAUUUUAUCUCUGCCCUCUAUGGAGAGUAGUGUCAGUGUCCUUUUAUGUAAGGAACUCUUUCUUUAUGGAUGCACUUCCUUUGUUUUUGGAGCACUUUAUUAGAUACUAGAGCAAAGGUAAGUCUGCAUCAGGCAGAAUUAAUGUAGCAUAGAUGUGGCUUGGAUUUUGAACUGCAUAUGCAAAAAAGGUUGCACUGCAAAUAAAAGAAAUAACUUUUAAGGUUAGCUCCACAGAGUACAUCUAGUCCAAGUUCUCCAGUUAAGUGCACGCUGAACCGGUCUUCACACGAACUUAGAACUUAAAACUUGAGGUUGAUCUCUUGAGGUUCAUCCACUCCAGCAGGACUGAAUUGGACACCUUUAAUCCCCGAGAAACCGUUGCAUGUCCGAGAGAUGGCACCUUUAAACGGUCUUCUUGCAUCAGUGAGGUGCGCCCGGUGCACCAGUGGUAAUGCAGAAAGUGCAUGUAUUUGAAUAUCAAACCAGCUCCUGUCGAUGAAUCUGCUGCCACUGAUAAAUUGGCAGACAUUAUGCCAAUAAAAUUAUAAGAUGGUGAUCACUUUGAGAAACAUGCAUCAUUACUCUGACAUUUAUUCUCCUUCAUGCCGGGGUUGUUAAUGGUAAAUGAUAAAUCACCACGGCACCACCACGAUAUUUUUAGAUAGGGUGGGAGAUGAAUGAGGUUAUGAUUCUGGUCUCAGUGGUCGAUGUAGUCAGCGAGGGGCUGGCUGUGCCCCUCCCCCGGCUGUAGGUGAUGGCUGACGCCGGUAGUCUAGCGGCAGAGAGCUGAUCACUAUUAACACAGGACCGCCUCUCAGGCUCACAGCCGUUCUCCCUGGUCCCCCACUCACCGGAAGGCAGCUCAGCAGCUGCGAACAGCCUGCGCACAGCCUCCCUCUUGUGUGCUCUGAGAAUCUAUUGGCCUGAGAGACGGUCGGGUUGAGGGAAGAGGCGAAACACCGGCAGGUGUUGACUAGCGGGGAGAAAUCGCGGUGCAGACUGAUGACGAUGAUGAUGGUGAGGAUGAUGCAUCUCUUCCCGUUAUCUUUAUGAAUCGCAUCGCGCUGUGUGGAGAGAAGUAGGGGCAUCUUUUCGUCAUUUCUUGCCUAACUGUAAUGGAGGAUUUCUGGUUGCUUUGAGGCUGCGUGUCUAAGUGUGGAGAGCUGAAUACCGCCCGUAACUGAGAGCACAGCUCAGCAUCGGCCCGCAGCGCUGCGCCAUGGCCUUGGACGUCCAGACUUGCGCGGUGUUUACGGUGAUCGCGGUUCUGGUGCUUGUGAACGUGCUGUUGAUGUUCAUCCUCGGUACUCGUUAAAUGGAUCUGCGCUUGGGGCCCGGUUCGCAGCGCAGCGCACUUUCACACAGGAGAGGAGAGAACAGCAGUGCGCGUUGGUCGAGAGCGGGGACACCCGGCGCUCCAUCACGGCUACGCGUUGAAAUGAAUGACUUGAUAAGUGGAGGUUCAAUCGUCAACGCUGAGGCGGUAUGGGACCAUGUGACCAUGGCGGACCGGGAGUUGGCGUUUAAGGCCGGUGACGUCAUCAAGGUGCUGGACGCCUCCAACAAGGACUGGUGGUGGGGCCAGAUUGAUGAGGAGGAAGGAUGGUUCCCUGCCAGCUUUGUACGGGUGGAACCCCACCCUCCUCAGCCCCAAACAAAACAGGUUUUCUAUAUCAACCCCAUAGCAACUCCACGGUUCCAAAACACCACGUCAAAGCUGUGGGUGAACCAGGAAGACGGCGGAGCAGAGCCAGCUGAAGGAACCAGCGAGGUACAGAACGGGCACCUGGAUCCAACCAAUGACUGCUUAUGUCUGGGCUCACCCCUCCAAAACCGAGACCAGAUGAGGGCUAACGUUAUAAAUGAGAUUAUGAGCACAGAGAGACAUUAUAUCAAACACCUCAAGGACAUCUGUGAGGGCUACUUGCGCCAGUGCAGGAAGCGCGUGGACAUGUUUAACGACGACCAGUUGAAGGUCAUCUUUGGAAACAUCGAGGACAUCUACCGCUUUCAGAUGGGUUUUGUCAGAGAUUUGGAGAAACAGUACAACACAGAGGAGCCGCACCUCUCUGAAAUCGGGCCGUGCUUUUUAGAACACCAAGACGGUUUCUGGAUUUAUUCAGAAUACUGUAACAACCACUUGGAUGCCUGUAUGGAGCUGAGCAAACUGAUGAGGGAUGGCAGGUACCAGCACUUCUUCGAAGCCUGUCGCCUCCUCCAGCAAAUGAUCGACAUCGCCAUAGAUGGCUUCUUGCUCACGCCCGUCCAGAAAAUCUGCAAAUAUCCACUCCAGUUGGCCGAGCUUCUUAAAUACACCGCACAGGAGCACAGUGACUAUCGAUACGUGGCAGCAGCGCUGGCAGUAAUGCGGAACGUCACCCAGCAAAUCAACGAGAGGAAGAGACGGCUGGAGAAUAUUGACAAGAUCGCCCAGUGGCAAGCCUCGGUUCUGGACUGGGAGGGGGAUGAUAUAUUGGACAGGAGCUCAGAGCUCAUCUACACUGGGGAGUUGUCAUGGAUCUAUCAGCCGUAUGGACGCAGCCAACAGCGAGUCUUCUUCCUCUUUGAUCACCAGCUGGUCCUCUGUAAGAAGGAUCUGAUACGCCGGGACAUCCUGUACUAUAAGGGCCGCAUUGACAUGGAUCGCUACGAGGUGCGGGACACUAUAGACGGGCGUGACGAAGACUUCAACGUUAGUGUGAAGAAUGCCUUUAAAUUGUGCAACAAAGACAGCGAGGAGAUCCACAUCUUCCUGGCCAAGAAGCCAGAGGAGAAGAUCCGCUGGCUCAGGGCCUUCGCCGAGGAGAGGAAGAUGGUGCAGGAGGAUGAGAAAAUUGGUUUUGAGAUCUCUGAGUACCAGAAGCGACAGGCAGCCAUGACAGUGAGAAAAGUGACCAAACAGAAAGGUGUAAACAGGUGCACGCCCCCUUCAUACCCGCCCCCACAGGACCCCCUCAGUGUGGGGCAGUAUGAGGUAACGGAGGACAUGGCACAAGGAGAGGUUUUUGAAUUCAGUCAAUCCAAAAGAGGCCAGGCUCCUUUCUGGCAGAAUUUUAGUAGAUUAGCUCCAUUUAAGAAAUAGAGAUACACAGACUCUUCCGAUGGACCAGCUAUUUUUCUUAGAAGCACUAAACACUGGAUGAUCAUGUCCCCCCUCCCCCCCAUGAUGAAGAAAAAUACAAAAAAAAACCCCACACAAACACGAGACUUUGAAGUUAAGGACCAAUGUUAAUAUAGAGUGUGAUUGGAAGCUGCGAGAGGACUGAAGACUUGGAUUUAAAACAAAGAAAAAACAUAUAAAAAAAUAAACACAACUUUACAGUUCAUAUAUGUUAGUAACAUUCUUAGUUAUCAUGCUUCUCCGGCUGAGUCAACUGUCACAAACUCUUCCCCCCUUUCUGGAUAAUCACGCCAUCUGAAUGUCCUGAAGUCAUCGAGAUUGUUACAUGAGAUCAUUUUCAAUCCAUCUUCUGGAAAGAAACACGAGGCCAAGCCAAGUCAUUCCCAGUAGUAUGAUUGUGACCAAAACAAAAAAACUACAAAAAAAGCUGAGAUCUUGCUGUGCUGCUAUGAGAGAUUGUUUGAUGCAUUCUUCUGAAUGCGAGACGACGACCUCAGCCAAUCGCCGCGGCCUGUGAAGGACUUGCCAAGCUCGGCUGUCAACCUCACCUCUGAGUUAGCUCCAUCCUGCCACUGAUCAUGCACCCAUCCAGCCAUCUCUGCGCUGCUGAUGUCUGCGUUUGGACCUCCUCCUCGCACUCAGAGCUUCAUUCUCUUCUCUGUAGCAGCUUGCAUAUAAUAGCCCCCUCCUCUCUCUUUCUUUUCACAGUCUGACAUUAGGUGUUCCCUUCCUUCUCCACAUCCCACUCGUCCUCUCUAUCUCUCCAUCCACCUGCUCUGCCUCUGUGAGUCAGUGGCUCUCAGAGGAAGAGUUUCACUCUUUUGUAAACCUGCCAUUGGCCGUGAUGUGAUGAUGGGUCAGGGAACAAAUCAAUAGGCGGAACAUCAAUAGUAUAUUUACAUCCGUUCACCAACCACUCGUGACAGGGUAUUCAUGUCCGAUCGCGCUGAGGGGGUGUGUGCGCGCGCUGGAUUUGGCAGUGAGCUUAGAUGAAGCAGCUGGGAGCAGGAGAUAGGCCGGCAACGGUCCGCCUGCCUUGUGCCACAGCCCCUCUCCCAUCCCGCCCUCCCUAGAGACCACCCCUGUAGCACUGUGCUGGCACCUGGGUGGAAAAGAGGAAAAAAAAGCACAGCCUACCUCCAGAAAACGAGCGGUAAAAGUGAAGUUGUGAUGCAUUGGCCAAAAGAAUAACAUGUCAGCUGUCAAAGAAAAGACUUCGGUUGAUUAUUUUGUGUCACUCCCACUGUAAAAAAGCACAGCACGUACUCCCGUUUUGAGUAUGAGCGAUACAAAUAUCAACACGUCAGUGUGACCAAUAAGUAAGAAGCCCAUCCAGUAUUCAAGGGGGUGGGGGGUGUCUAAAAAAGUGAUAAUGAUUUGUGAAGUGGACCAAAACUAACUGGGGAAACAAAAAAGUCCACCGCAGCAGCGCAAGCCGAUACCGUAUACAGAGGUAGAAAGGCGAAUUUAAUCUGUAGCAUGCAGGUUUCCUCUGACACAUUCAUACAUCUCUAUAGACUCCAGCUCCAAACCUCUGCUUUCUGCCUCACCCCUCCUCACGUUGCCCCACUCCCCCCAGAUCUGGCAGUUAGCUCCAGCUCUGCUUAAGUGAUUUCCAAAGGACUGUGGCGUGAUCAGAUUGGUUUUGUUUAAUCAACAAAAACGUGUGUGAAGCCGUGGUCUGCGAGAGAUCCUAGCAUUAUAGAGUCCUUCAGCAGUAAAAGAGAAGAUCUGAGGAAGCGAAGAGGAAAAUCUUACAUGCAUCGUGAAGACGUAUUCUUUUUUUCCCACACUUGGAAUGUAAGUGAAACAUCUGUCCACGGUUUGUGACCACGUUUUGACCUCAGACACAGGAGUACAUUUUGUGUUGAAUUAUAUCACCAGAUGGACAGUACAUAUACAGUUUGACAAUUUGUGCAAUGUGAUAUAUCAUUCUAUAUCUAUCACUAUUCACUACAGCGUGAUAUGAAAGAGUUAUAUUGUUCUAUGUCAUUUGUUUGCCUUCUUAUAGGCCUUAUAACCUGUUGGAGAAAAAACAGACCUUACAAUUGCUUUGUAUGUUGUAAUUUAUGUUUUGUUUCAGUAAAGGAAGUUGAGAAAUUGGGUGAGUUGGCUGCUGGUGUCUGUAGAGAUGGCUCCCAGUGAGAUUGUUUUGGAAGAUAGUUCUUCUGGCUGGGACGGCAAAAAAAGAUAUGGUUCCUAGGCUAUCGUAACCUCAGGUCCCUUGUUAUGGCCCGCUCUGCCUACCUUCCCUGCUCCCUCCAACUCCCUGCUUAACACUACCACCAGUACCAACAUACAGAUACAAGCAUGCAGGCAAACGCACACACUAAUAAUCAUGCUUACUUGCUGGCCCGUUCUGCUGCGGAGAGGAGAGAUGCUAUCUAACAGUGCCUUCCAGCAUUCCACUAGUGAUUAUCUAUUCAGUUUCACAGGCAGAUUUGAAUUAGUCAUGUAUUUUCCCUUCAGUGCAUCUCUCACUCUCUCUUCCGUUCUGUUCCCACAACCCCCGCCCCUUCCCUAAUGCACACUGGGAAUUCCUCGUUCCCCAGUGCACGAGAGCCGCUCGGACAGAAACUUAGGCUACGUUCACACUGCAGGUCUUAAUGCUCAAUUCCGAUUUUUUGAUCAAAUCCGAUUUUUUUUGUCUGCUCGUUCACACUACAAAUAAAAUGC